AACCUUUGUUCUAAGUAUAUGGUGCUAUCUAUGAUAGAUGACGACUCAAAUUUUUUGGCAAGGAGCUACUGAAUGUGACACAUUCUUUCAGCCAAUAUCAGGAUGCAUUCACUGAAAGUAUGAAUGCAAACAUUUGAUCUCAAGAGCUGCUGUUUGUAAUGUCUGUUAAAGUUUAUUUGAAGAUGAUUGUGAUGCCAGCAACAACAAUUAUAUGCAUACAAAUACUCCUAGUAGUGACAGCAACAGAACUGAAGUGCAACAUCAAUGCACCGAACCAGCAAAAAUGCAACAAAAUAACAUCUAAUCACUCAAGCAACAGUGUGACUCCUGAUUGGCUGACACAAAAGGUAAAGUCAACAAAAGAAAAAAUAAAAAUGUGUCUAAACUCUCAAAUCAUAGUGCAAAAAUGCUGGGAUAACAAGACGCAGAUACACAAGGUCCUGGACAUCAGCGACGAGUUCCUUAACAGGCUAAUCGGACAGAGCAAUGCACCGAGCCUACUGGCGCUCCUCUUCGACAUAGGGCUGGACGUCAACAGGCGGACCUUGUACGUCAACCAAUCGGCAAUCUGCAGGGAGAGGAUGACGCUCCUCAGCCAGGCAGCGAUCCGCAGGGCGGACCACACGGCGAGGUUCCUGCUGGACCGUGGCGCAGACGUGGAGAUGGCCGCCUGCUUCGGGAAGACACCCCUCAUGUACGCCGCCCACCUGGGGUACCUCGACACCGCGAGGCUGCUGGUUGCGGGAGGGGCGGACGUGAAUGCCAAGAACGCCUUCGACAAGACUGCUCUGCAUUUUGCAGCAUUCCACGGAGAUUUCGACGUAACGCACUUCCUGAUAGGCGAGGGGGCGUGCGUCACGGCCGGGAGUAGCGACGGCACCACGGCGCUGAUGUUCGCUGCGCAGCGCGGCAAUCACUGGAUAUUUAAACUGCUGCUGGAUGAAGGAGCUCAGGUUAACACUGUCGAUAGUCAAAAACACACCAGUCUCCAUCUAGCAGCUCUGAAUGGUCAAAACUGUUCAGUGAAGCAUCUCCUGGACUUCGGAGCCAACAAAUACGUUUUAGACUUCAAUAACAAAACGGCAAAGGAUUUGGCUUUAUCUAAUAACUAUACCGUCAUUACAGACUGUCUGUCAGAUGAAUUCACGUGUAGACAAAUUUGUUGAGACACAUUUUUUUUUAAAAUAUUAGAUUGAUUUCAUAAUAUCAUAUUCUCUUACACAAAGUACUCAAUUUUCACUAACAUAAAGUGGAAUAUUGUAAAUAUCUUAAACAAUUUUACAGCAAUGCUAAUGCCAUGGUAAAACAUAUUAAUUACUAAAUUACUAAAUGCAAUAACGCUUGACCAAUACACAAUUUUUUUCACUUACUGUUACUAUUGUAAUAAGUGCACACAGAUGAUUUGUAUGCAAUAGUAGUAACUCUUAAGCAUGGUUAAUGCACAUGCCACCUCCCAAAACUAAAAACCAAAGAGCCAAUAAAAAAUUGUUCCUGUUUUCAGCAUGAGUCACAGAAAAGUAAUAAUCAUGUAUUUCUUAAAAAUUUUAUUUUACUUUUAUAGUUAUGGGCUGGAAAAAUUAGCCUUUUUUAUAGCUGCAAUUUUUUGUUGUUGCUAAUUUCUAACUAAUACUAUGUUAGAUAAUAUCAUAAAUAUAAAUAAAUGCCUUUUUUCCAACUAAA